CUGUCUUUGUUUUGAGAUGGUUUUUCUGAGUAGGUGAGUACUUUGAGCGGAAGACUAUAUAAAGCCAAAGCAAUCGAGUUUAAUCGUCAAAGUAAAAAUUUUCUCAAAAAAAAACAAACAAAUUUUUAAGUAAAAAUGCAGUUGAUGAAGAUACUUUUAGUAUGUUUGGUACUUGUGAUUGGAAAUGUGAAAGCUAGGCCGCAAGGAAAUUCAGAAUCAAGUGGUUCUGCGAGUGGCUCUGAAAAUCAACCAAGAAUUUUUCCUGGUCUAUUAGGAGGUGGAAGUGGUGGUGGACUAGCAAGCGCAUUUCUAGGGAAUGGAGGAGGUGCUGGAGGUGGUGGACCCCUUGGACUGUUUGCUAAUUUUCUGGGACUAGGCGGAAGGCCAGGUGGCAUUGGUGGUUCAGGAAAUGGCGUUCUUGGAAAUAAUCCUCUUAGUGGGCUGUUUGGUGGUGGUGGUGGCGGUGGACCAUUAAGCGGCCUAGGUAGUGGAGGUGGCCUUUUAAAUAAUGGAUUUGGGGGAGGAUUAUCUGGAGGCGGACCCCUAGGAGGAGGUUAUGGUGGUGGGCCUUUCGGAGGCUAUGGAGGUGGAGGCUAUGGAGGUUAUGGUGGCUAUCCUUUGGGAGGAUUCGGUUCAGGACUUGGAUACCCGUCAUAUGGUGGUGGAUAUGGAUUUGGACAACCAUCGUUCUUUGGAUAAAGGUUUAUUUAUUGUUAUUUUAUUUUUAUAGUUCAACUUGUAUGUAAGCAAAUAGAAUAUAUUUAUUUUAAAUAAUUUAAUAAAA